CGUGCGGCGAGCUGCGGCUGCGCGACUGCGUGGCUUCGUGAAGGCGACUUCGCUGCCCUCACCUGGGUUCGUGAGUUUUUCGCAAAUCGAAUACCAGCAAUGAGCGAUCGCUACAUCUUCAUACCUGCGACGCGGGAGCAGAUAGAGACCAUCAGGAAGAAACUGGGAACAGAUGAAGAGGACAUCAAGAGGGCCAUCACGGCUGUUCGAGACUGGCUCAGGAUGCAGCCGCAUCUGCCCGACGAGAUAGAUGACGCACGCAUAGAGAGGAUGUACGUAAACUGCAAGUGCAGCAUAGAGAGAGUUAAGAAAGGCUUGGAUGCCUACUACUCGCUGAGGACCAGGUAUCCAGAGAUGAUGAUGAAUCGUGACCCAAUGGGAGCCGACGUUGUGAGCACCAUGGAACACAUCGUGAUGCUGACGAUGCCUCGCCUUACCAAAGAGCUCUACCGGGUGCACAUCUUCGCCGACCCCGACCCGGACCCCAUGUGGGUCUCCUGGACAAAUUAUGGAAAAACCGUCUCCAUAAACCUCGACUGGAUGCUAUUGAAUGACUACUCGCUCGGAGACAUCGUCAUCAUGGACCUCAAGAACACGACUGCCGGACACGUCCUCCGGUCUGAUAUCAAUAUGAUACGGGCUAUUGAAUUUGGCUACAAGACUGCCUACUGUCGGAGCUUGAAAGCAUUACAUUUGAUAAAUGCUGAUAAAGUAGUUGAUUUGGCAAUGAAAAUAUUGAAGGCAGCUCUUUCCGAAAAGUUGCAGAAGAGGAUACACGUCCAUCCUCCAGGAUCAACGACGCUGUUUGACCAAGUGGCAAAGGAAUAUCUGCCGGAUGAACUUGGAGGCACUGCCGGUCCUAUGAACAAACUUGCCUAUGAUUUCUUCAGAAGAACAGAGAAGAUGCGAGACUGGUUCUUGGAGCAGGACCGCUACAUCGCGGACGAGAGUAAGCGGCCGCCUGACAACCACUACGCCGACGACAUGUACGGUGUGGCGGGCUCCUUCAAGAAGCUCUCAGUAGACUGACGCCGUUACAGUUAAUAUUGUAGAUUCUUUUACUUGUGAUAGUAAACUGUGAUACACAGGGUGAACUGCGAAUCCACCAAAAAAAUUCCAAGGUUUUUUGUGAUAAUUUCUACUUUGGUGUAACGGACCCAUGGCCUCCGGUGGUUCGUUAGAGAGUAACAACAUUUCGUUUGACGUUUUCUUGUUGAGGUCUUCAGUCGAAGACUAGUUUCGUACAGAGCCCAAUGAUAGUCUGUCCUCUGCAUAAACUUCUUCACCUCUCCAUUCGUACAGCAGUCGCCGUCAAUCCCAACACUUCCUUCCAUACCUGCAGAUGUCUCAUUUCAACCGACCCCUACUUUCUGUUGAAUUGUACGCUUUCAUUAUUUAUUCGACGUACCCAUAAAAUCUACAGCAUUCUUCUGUAGCACCAAGCUUCGAAAGGUCCUGUUCUCUUGUCGUCUGACGAUUUAAUCGUCCACAUUUCAUUUCUAUACAGUACUACAGAGAAAUACUUCCAGGAACAAAUCCUAAAUUACUUAUAUACAGUGUUAUGAAAUUUAUAUUUUUCACAAAUAUCUAUAUCAUGCCUACUUUUGUUAUCGUCAGUUAUUUUAAUGCACAAGCAGGAAAACGGUCAGUGUCUCAUUUUCUAACCUAAUUCCCUCUGCUCGCCACAUACAAUUCGCAGAACUUUAAUUCCCGUUCCAAAUGUCUCCUUAAUUUCUUUUACUGCCUGAAUAUGCAGACUGAAUUACAUGUACGAAAGGCUAAAGCCCUGUAUCAAGUCCUCCUAAACUACCGAUUUCCCUUUGUGCCGUUCGAAUCUGGUAACUGCAGUCUGUUUUCUGUACAAGCUCUAGAACUUUCAGUAACUGCAUUCUUUCCCCUUUACCUUCACGGUUUCCCAGCCAACACUGUCUUUAAAUCUAUAAGCGCUUUAAAAAUGGGUUUGCCUCCACCCAGUCAGUCUAUGUCGUAGGAUCACUAUCGCCUCCCAUCAUUCUAUCUUUUUCCGGAACACAAAUCGAUCUUUAAAAAAAAUUUAAAAAAAUAAAGGUAAUAAUUACAGAUUUCUGACCUGAUCACAUUUCUGCUUUGUAUCCAUAUUACACCGAAAAUAUCUGGUGAUUGGGAUAACAAUACGAAUACGUCAUAAUGAAAUUAUUAUUCUGUGAGAAUCCACCAGAGAUCACUGCUCCUUUAUACCAAAAUAAUUAGGAAAUGUCCUUGAACAAUCUCUGGAGUUUUUGUCAGUGAUUCAGGUUCACCCGGAUAUGUCGUAAGCGUGUUCUUCCACAGGGACUAUGUCUAUGAGACCUCCACAAUCACACUGCAUGCUCCUUGUGUCUAAUAUGUAUCUUGUAUGAAACUGAAGAGAUAAUAAUAUUGUGUUUUCGAUUCCUUGAUCUAA